AUGCUUCGGUUGUCACAGGACCAGCAGAAUCCUCAAAGCAUCCAGUUUGAUGAGGCUAACUGGCAACUUCACCUGAGCUCUUUGAAACCUCUGGGUCUUAAUGUGCUGCUCAACCUCUGUAACCCAGAUGUGACCACCACCCUUUGCCGCUUCUCUGACCAUUUAAAGCACAUUGCCCUUCAAGAAACGCGCUGCUCUGUGCUUCCAGGGCAUAUCCCAUGGGGACUCUGUGACUUUUCUAGGCUCAUCGGUUUCACGCCUGGAGCAAAGGAUCUAUUUAAACUACAAAAUCAUGUUGCUCUUUAUCACCUUCCAAGUGAUGAAACUGUGAAGGAGUCCCUUCUCUGCAAGCUUCCAACGGUUACCAAGCGACGACCUCCACUCAGCCACAUGAUCAGCCUUUUUGUCAAGGAUGUCACAUCCAACACAGAGCAGAUGCUGUCCCAUGGAACAGCUGAUAUUAUCCUUGAAGCCUGUACUGAUUUCUGGGAUGGAGCUGAUAUUUACCCCCUCUCUGGGUCUGACAGGAAAAAGGUGCUGGAUUUCUACCAGCGAGCCUGCUUGUCUGGUUACUGCUCUGCCUUUUCCUACAAGCCCAUGCACUACUCACUGUCCCCUCAACUUCAUGGAAAGUGCAUAGAGAUGCACCAUGCUCCUGGUCACAGCACCAUUCCAGCAUCAUGUGAUUUAGGUGGGACUGUGCCAUUGAAACCUUCUGGCCGUCAUGACAGCUGGAGUUCUGAUGAAGGCAUUGGAGAGUUCACAGAGGAUUUUACCCAGGCACUCAGUGGACAGAUCUUCAUGGGGAUGGUCUCCUCACAGUACCAGGCUCGUCUGGAUAUUGUGCGUCUUAUAGAUGGUUUAGUGAAUGCCUGUAUCCGAUUUGUGUACUUCUCCAUGGAUGAUGAGCUUAGAAGCAAAGUGUUUGCAGAGAAGAUGGGCCUAGAGACUGGAUGGAACUGUCACAUUUCUCUAACUCCAAAUGGUGAUGGGCCAGGUUCUGUGGUACCACCAUCCAGCCCCAGUAAUGCUGGAUCUCUGCGAGAUGACUUACAUCAGGGUUCUCGGGAAGAUGCAGAGGGCUUACUAUUGAUGGAUGAUGAAGGUCAUUCAGAUAUGAUUAGUUUUCAGCCUACGGAUAGUGAUGUUCCUAGUUUUCUAGAGGAUUCAAAUCGAGCAAAGCUCCCUCGUGGUAUUCAUCAAGUAAGGCCUCAUCUGCAGAACAUUGAUAAUGUGCCCUUGUUGGUACCGCUGUUUACAGACUGUACACCAGAAACUAUGUGUGAGAUGAUCCAGAUCAUGCAGGAGUAUGGAGAGGUGACCUGCUGUAUGGGAAGUUCUGCUAACUUUAGAAACAGUGGCUUAUUCUUACAGAGUGAUAUCAGUAUUUCUUUGGACCCGUUGUUCCCCUCUCGCUGUUCAUGGGAAAUGUUUGGAUACGUGAGUGGCCCUCUACGGAUGAACACUUCAGAAGAUCUGUCUCCUCUGCAUCUCUCUUCUGCGCUGACAAGCUUGGCCUGCUCCAUGUCCUUUAGAAAGGAGGAAAGUGUCAGCAUCAUCCGUCUUAUUGAACAGGCUCGCCACGCUACAUAUGGUAUAAGGAAAUGCUUCCUAUUUCUAUUACAAUGUCAAUUAACCCUUGUCAUUAUACAGUUCCUGGCCUGCCUGCUCCAGCUACCUCCUUUACUCAGCACUACAGAUAUUUUAUGGUUGUCUUGCUUCUGUUACCCAUUACUGAGUGUCUCACUGCUCGGGAAGCCAUCUGACAGCUCCAUAAUGUCUGUAGCAACUGGAAAAAAUCUCCGUUCCAUACCUAGAAAGACUCGGCAUUAUUUCCUAGUAUGUUUCCUGCUCAAGUUCCUCCCUUCCUCCUCCUGUUGUCUGGCAUGCUUCUGGUUCUCGCUGCAGAGGUUUUGUGAGAUGUCUACACACAAUAAUACUACCAACUGCUCUGGAUUUCCAGUUUAUAGUGAUGCUCUUGGUGCCCCAGACUGGUUUGGAUCCCUUUCUGGAGCAUUGCUUGUAGCUCAGAAGUUUUGUGCCUGUCUCAUUGUCCUACACACAGUGUUUAUCUCUGUCAGUCAUGUCCAUCGUUCUAAAUCUCUAUGGAAGAGGAACCCCUUCAGCAAUAUAUGGUGGAGCUUGACUCUUCCUGUCUUGGUUCUCGCACAAGGGUUACAGACAGCCCUAGAUCUACAGCUGUGGACAAAUCCUGAUUCUCCUCUCAAGUUCAGCCUUUGGGACAUUCCCUUACUGUCAUGGCUGUCAGGGUCACUUUCAAUCCUUGUUGUUCUAAUUAUCAAUGAAAUAGUCAAACUGCAUGAAAUAAGGGUUCGUGUCCGUUACCAGAAGAGACAAAAGCUGCAGUUUGAAACCAAACUUGGCAUGAAUUCUCCUUUCUGA